AUGCGCACAUCCAGCUCCUGUCCCAUGCUAUGGCCACUCUUCAUGCCUGAAGAGCGGCUUGAAGAGCUCCGAAGAACAGACGGAGGCUUGGCGGAAACCGUGGAGCGGGAGCGGACGGCCGUCGUGAAAGCCAUGCAAAGGUGUGCACAGGUGAUAGGAGUUGAUAUGGUGCGGCUAGAGCCGCUGCAGCUCAUUCGCUACUCACCCGGACAGUACUACAGACCACACAUGGACACGCACGAGGAGCCGCAGCGCAUGUCUUCAUAUUCAGGUGAGCAGCGCACGCACACGCUCCUGGUUUUCAUGAAUGAUGUUCCAAAAGAAGAUGGAGGUGGACACCUCAGUUUUCCCAACCUGGGACUGCAAGUCCUGCCUCGUGCCGGAGAUGCGGUGCUCUGGCCAAACCUUCGAGAUGGCAAGCCAGAUCCGCAAGCGCUGCACGAAGGUGUUGCCCCGAACAGCUGUGAAAAAGUUGCCAUGAAUGUAUGGGUGGCCGAUCAGCCCUUCAGCUUGAAAGCCAUCACUGCAUGGCAGCAGGGUCAGCAGAGAUGCCAAGAGCAGCCGGCUAGCGCUGCGUCAUCCACGUGGUUAGACUAA